AUUGUAUUGAUCCGCAGCGUUUUAUUUAUUCAUCAAAGCUAUAAAUAAAUUUGCCGAUUUAACCAAUUCGCGCUUAAAAUAAACAAUGUGAAAAAUACCGUUAAUGUUCACGCCAUGUCAGUCAAUGGUAAUAGCGGUAUCUACGCGCCGCUGAAGCAAAUACUUACCGAAUCUGAUUCUGAUGAUGAGCGAAAAGAAGAUGCGACAAAAAUCAUCGGUAGCAGCGAUCUGGACAUCAACAGUGGUCUUAAACAUGCGAAGAAUAUCAGCUUGAGCGAUAUGGAUGACUUUAACACACAUGAAAACACAGUAGAAAGCACCAUGGACAACGUAAGUUUUUUGCAGUCCGAUACCUCGAAUAAGAUGUCUUUUCCGCGCCGAUGCGCCUUCAUAGCGUCUAUUCUGGUCUGUAUAUUCACUGUGGUAAUAUUCUUAUGGGGGAUUCCGUGCUCGGAGCUGAAUAGUUGCACGAAUAAUGAGUGGCAAGACAAAACUACUAGUUGGGAGUUGCCAUAUGAAGACAUUGAGCUGUCCGGCGCUAUACAGGUUGUGGACGGAGUCGCUCCCAACACGAAGAACUUAAUUUUCAUCUAUAGAGGUAACCAUAUGGUGCAUGCGGAAAAAAAUAACAAAAUAGUUAAUGGUGUGUUAUUGAUUGUUGGGAACUCUGGUAAGGUCGGUUGGUAUACUCGUGAGGAAAGGAUUCCGACUGAGAUCAACUGUCACCUUAUAGAUGUUAACCGAGACAAGCAGAAAGAUUGCAUUGUAUCAGGCUCCCAAGGGUUGCUGGCAGCUAUAAACCCCAUCUCCGGGACUUAUUACUGGUACAUACAUAAACAUGGUAAUGUUUUUAGUAAAAUUGUAGCUAUAGACUUCCCUAUACUUAUGAAAGACAUGGAUAAAGACAAAGUGUAUGACCUGUUGACAGUUGCUACAGUUGAGCCUAACACUAACCACAACUCCUUGCUUAUCAUCUCCGGCGCUACGGGCAACAUCAUAGGUGAACCGAUGACUAUAGAAGACUGUUUAUCGGUUAAGCUACUUACCGAGUCAGAUUUGGUAAACAUCACCUAUCUUUGCAAAAACGGGUCUUCGGAAGCCUUUAGAUGGACCUCAUAUUCCGCUCUGAGCAGGAAGUUGGCCAAGUUAGACCAGACAGUGGUCAGUCACGUUUCACCGAUAACAAAUGCUACUAAGAAGCAGAAAAUAAGCUUAAAGAAGAGUAUUGGGAAUACGAGAGAGAUAUUCAUGAACGGACCUGGAAAGUUAAUCGUAGAGAAUUUUGGGGAAUGCCCUAACAACUGCCAAGUCAAGCUUAAACUAUUCUUAGGUAGGAAUAAUUCUACAAACACUAGUUGGGAAUACACUGCUAAUCACGUAUAUGCGAUGAGACCUAGUUCUUUUGCUUUCGCAAACUCUAUACGAGGAUUUGUAUUGAAGUUAUGACAGUGGAACAGCGCACACCUGGCAAAGGGUGCGCAGAAA